AUGGAAUCGGGCGAGGGAUGCGCCGGGGAUGGGCCCGAGAACUCCCCAGCGAUCACCCCCGCAUCCCCUCCCGCAGACAGUCCCGCUCCAGAGCCCUCCGCCGAGCGGGCACCCGCUGCGGGACAGGGGGAAGGGUCCGGAUCCCCGUCCGUCUCGGGACCCCCAGCCGGAGCUUGCCCGGCUCCCGAGGCUGGAUCACAGGCGGGAGCCCCACGCGCGUCCUCAUUCGCGCCAGUCCACGGGGAUGCCCAGUCUGUGACCGGCAACUCGGACGCGCCGAGGACCCGCUUCAUAUCCCAAGGGUCUCCCCGGACCACUGAGCUGGGGACGCGAAACGGAGCGGACGCCUCGAAGACGCCGACUGCGUAUACCGGCCAGCAGUCGGGGGUAUGGUGCCCGGAGCGCUCCACCUUUAUUCGGGAGCAGGAGGAAGCACUGUGUCCUGAACAGCCCCUGCCAGUCAAGAAGAUCACCCCAGAGGAUGGCAAAGUGAUGACAGAUUUGCUAGAGGAGAGAGAGUGGGACCCGGACACAGCAGCUCGCGUAGACCAGUCCCUGGUGAAACAGAACGGCGUCCUGAUGGAGGAGAACAGCAAGCUGGAAGCCAUGCUGGGCUCGGCCAGGGAGGAGAUUUUACACCUCAGACGCCAGGUGAGCUUGCGGGAUGAUCUCCUUCAGCUCUACUCAGACUCUGAUGAUGAUGAGGAGGAGGAGGAGGAGGAGGAAGAGAGGGAAGAAGAGGAGGAGGAGGAAGAAGAGGAGGAAGAAGAGGAAGAGGAGAAGCAGCAGCAUAGUCAACCCUGUGAAGUCCCUGAGCGGACGCCGCUGCCCGAGCCGGAGCACCGCUGCCCGCAGCUGGAAGCCCUGCAGGAGCAGCUGCGGCUGCUGGAGGAGGAGAACGGGCAGCUGAGGGAGGAGGUUUCUCAGCUUGAUGUCCUCAACGAGGAGAUGCUUAUUCUGCAAUGUGUGGAGCAGUUUGCGGAGGCCAGCCAGCAGAUGGCUGAGCUGUCGGAGAUGCUGGUGCUCAGGAUGGAGAACUAUGACCUGCAGCAGGAGGAGGUCACCCAGCUGCGGACCCAGGUCACCAGCCUGCAGGAGCGCUGCCAGUCGUACGGGGCUGAGACGGAGAAGUUGCAGCAGCAGCUGGCUUCCGAGAAAGAAAUCCAGAUGCAGCUCCAAGACGAGCUGCAGGAUCUUCGGGAGAAGUACAUGGAGUGUGGGGGCAUGCUGACCGAGGACCAGGGGGAUGGGAAGCCCCUCCGCCAGCGAGCCCCUGCGUCCACGGACUCUGCCACCGGCUCUACCCGCAACGGCCCUCCGGAGGAGCCUCCAGAGGGCCAGGAGCCCCCGCCUGAGGAGCGCAGGCGGUCUGUGAGGAGGAUUGUCCUGGACCCUCUGUUUAUUAUGGAAGGGUGUGAGCUGUACUGCAGCGACGAGCAGGAGCAGGAGCAGGAGCAGGAGCAGGGGUUCGAGGCUGAGGAGGGGUCCACGCCAGCAGAGGAGUUCACGCUGGUGGAGCUGCUGGUGCCUGAGGAGGAUCUGGGGGCCAUAGAAGAGGUAGUGCCGGCCGAGAACAGGGUGACGGAACACGCGGAGCUGGUGUUGGAGGAGGCUGAGGCCUGGGAGGAGGUAGAGCUGGAACUGGAUGAGACGGCCCCGAGGAAUGUGGUGACCUCAACCCUGGAGGCCACUAGCUUGGGCCUCUCACACCUGGACAUUAAGCAUGUCCUCCAGCAACUGGCCAACUGGCAGGACACCCAUUACAGGCAGCAGCCGAGGCAGAAGACACCCCAGAAAGGUGAGUGCUCCCAUGGGGCCUCCCUCCAGCCAACCGGACAAGCUGCAGAUCUUCAAGCCGAUGAAAGGCCCCCCAACCCUGCAGCAGAGGCAGCAGGAGGCCAAAACAAACAUGGGGGGCAGGACCAUGGAGUAGCCGCCCAGGCUGCAGACCAAGGACUCUCGAAGGCUGGAGCAGGACAGGGCCAGCCGCCCUCCCAUGGCCUGGGAGGAAAAGGGGCCUUCUGGGGCAAAGGCCUCCACCAAGGGCAGUCGGACCAGUCCCCUGGGGUUUGCUGCUUCCCGGCAGCCUGCAAAGGCCCCACGGACAACCUGAAGCCCCUUCUGCUGCUGCCUGGCCAAGUCCCCUCCCCCUCCCCCGUCCCUCCCACCCUCCAAAACGGGACCCCCAUCUGUCAGCAGCCCACCCCAUGUCCUGACGAGGCUGAGCCGGAGGUCGAGGGCCCAAGCCCUGACGCUCCUCCGAGACAGGCUGAAAGACCCCCGGCCCUCCUUCUGCAGCCGGUGCGAAGGCUGUGGCUGCUGGUCCCCGAUCGCAAGGUGGCCCGCCCUGAUCGCAAGGUGGCCCCCGGGCAGGAGCAGCCCAAGGGGAGGCCCACGAGCUACCAGACUGAGGUCUGAGCUGGGGGCCGGGCGUAGACCUGGGCCCAGGAAGUUACUCUGAGCACCCUGCUAGCAGCAUGCCCUUCAUUCCUUGGCUCCCAAGCUAAAGGUGGCUCCUUGCUGACUUUUAGGGAUCUCCGUUCUUGGCCCUUUCUUCUCAGUCCCGAAUUCCUGUGUGUCACCAGAGUGUUCUACCUGCGGGUGAGGAGUCCCUCUGCUCAGUGUUGUGCCUUUCCCCUGC